CGUGCUUGUCAGCUCGAGCGCGAAAACGCCCAAAGCAAAGCUACAGAAGGAAGCUAGGAAAUGGUACAAAAAAGGCGGGGUGAAUGGAGGAAUCAAUCUUCAGCCUUUUGACGGCUUCUCCGAGAAUCCAUGUUGGUGACCGCAUAGUGGUGGGUUUUCCCCAAAUUCUCGAUCUUUCACCAUCUUCUAUUCACUUUCUCUUCCACCCUCUUCAUCCAAUGUUGGCGAUUGCGUGCUGGCUAACAUCACUGAAUUCGCCAGCAGAGCCCUAGGGCCUUAGAACGGGCCUCUCCCGACAAGAUAAAGCAGACGACAUCGAGGAAAUGGAGACCGACGAUGCCAGCUCCAUGACAACCACCGACUCGGUCGACCAUCAGAAAGCAGCGCUGGCACGACUCCCUUCAGAGAUCAUAUUUCAGGUCCUCUGUUAUCUGCCAUGUCAGUCGCUCGUCUCACUUUCUCGCACUUGUCGCCGGCUGCGAGGCCUGGCUUCCAACGACUUUCUCUGGGCCGACCUACUUCGCCCAAAUAUUCCUCCAGAAGACUUUCCCGCGGACCCGUACCCUUCAUCGUCGUACCGCGAUUUGUAUAUUACGCAUCACCCCUACUGGUUCGUCCCUCGGAACAAGAUCUGGAUCUCCGAUGAACCGCAUAUUGGGCGUGUGAUGAUCUGCCACUUCGACCCACGGCGAGGCUGCAUUGAAGGAUACCGCCUGCUAGCUGAGAGGACUCCCUCGAUGGGUCUUCUCUGGCCCUAUGAACCCAGUGUAGUGAUCCACAACUUCAAUCCACGAGUGCAUCUUUGGCUGGACGACCCGAUCCUCAAACUGCCGCAUGACAUUGUCCCCUUCAAUACUCGCCAAGGUUGGUGGGAAGCCGAGAUUAAGAUGACAGUCGGGCGACCGGGACACAACACGUCCGCCUCUUUCUUCUUGAGCAGAGACAUUCCGCCACAUUUGCAGAACAAGUCCAUGGAUCUCUGGCCACCGAGGACAAUUCCCAACAUGCCUCGCGUGCGUGCCGCCAGCGUUGAUAAAUUCCGGGGUUCAGGGCAUAAGCCGCAAAAAUACGACCAGAUUUCGCAAACAACCUUUCGACUGAGGCACUGGAGUCAGUUUUCAACGGGCAUGGCACACUUUGGGAUUCGGAUAGGUGAAGAAGUCUCUACGUGGAGUACCAUCGACCCUGCGCUGUACACCCCAACCAAGGAAAAGCCUUACCAAGGCAUCUUUGUGGGAGAUUACGCGGGCCACGGAUGCGAAUUCCUGCUGGUCAUGCAGUCGGAGAAAGGCCCCGAAAUCCCCCAGCGUCGGCCCACGGACGCCUAUUUGAGAGGGCUUAUUGGGCUCCCUCCCGAGAGCGAGGAAGACGAGCUGGAAGAGCCGGUGCUUGCUCAGCAGACAGACGAACAACUCUCUCAAUCACAGUCGCAAUACCAACGCGACAUGAUGGCCAUGCACGAAGAGGAAGGGAUAUACAAGGGCUCCAUCCAGGCGGUCAAACUCACGGGGGAUCCACACGUCCCGAGAGGAGAGUACACCUUCGUGGCGGACGACAUUGGCCCAGGCGGACUGAUCAGGAUCGCAGAGGAGCAGCCAUUUAGAGGCUCGAGGGUAGUGAGGAGUAGGGGCCACGUCGCCGCCAGGGGAUUCCAGAAUGACGAAUUCAUCCCCUCCCAGCUCAUCAUGGUCUCGCCCAACAAAUUGGCCCAGUACUGGGUGCCUUACGGCCAUAUAUCCUUCUACCAGAGGAUCGACCUCGACCGGUUGAUCGACGACACGUUUCGUGGAGGGCACGGAUAGCGACAGGGAAAAGAAACGGCGAAUGUCGCGGUGUGGAUUUCGAGAAAGAUAGGCGUAUCUAUCUACAUACAGGCUGGGCUGCUGAGGAAUGGGCUACUGUUAAUAUGACGCUGGAUGACAGAUAUGAUUGUUUCACAGCACGGAUAGCGUCGGCUUCUUAUGUCGCAAAUGGGUGGUUAGAGCCGGGUUUGUUUGCUGUUGUUCUACAUUGCAAAAGAGCUUGAACAUUUCAAAUCACUCUAGAGGUCGAGCAAGGAGUACUCAGUGUGCUUAUAGAGUAGGUGUUUUUGCUCCAACAAUGUUCUCGCUUUGUUUGACAAGAAUCCUGGGCGAUGUGUAGGCCGAGAAGCCUUGGCUAGCUAGCAUAACAACAAAGCACGAUA